AUGGCGGCACUCCCGCGGUCCAAUUUCGGCAUCGACCCUUCGCAGUACGCUACCGAAUCCGGUCCGUCACAGAUGGAAUUCGGGUCCGCAGAUAAUGGUGCUGUCGAAAGCAUCGGAGAAGGCAACUUUGUCCCGCGCCCGAAGCGCAUCGCAUGUGUCGUGUGUCGGAGGAGGAAACUGAGAUGCGAUGGGAGACGACCGAGCUGUGGGACAUGUUCGCGGUUGGGACAUGACUGCUCCUAUGAUGAAGUGCGCAAGAAGAGCGGUCCAAAGCGGGGAUAUGUGAAGCAGCUCGAAGCUCGAUUAGCUCAAGUUGAGACUCUUCUCAAAGGCCAGGACCCGGAGCCUACUCAACGAACCUCCCCGCCUCAACAGACGGAAAAUUCAUUUGGCGCGCCCAUUAACGAUGAGUCCAUACUGGCGUUGCCUGACCUCUCGGGGUUGGGAGGGGACUUGGACGGUCCUUUCCAAACCUCGAAUGCGCCUGGUCCAGUCCAGCCCAGCCAAAUGAUGUAUCCUCAGAUAGCCAACAACAACAGCGAUUCCCAGUGGGAUUUGAUCGCCUUGGGAUUGGAGGAACCCCUCCCUUCACAGGAUGUGAUUGACGAACUGGACGGUAUAUUCUUCGAAAAGACCUACCCAAUGAUGCCGAUCAUCCAUCGCCCCCGGUACUUCGCAAGUCUGAACCUCGCCCCUCACAUGCGGCCGCCUAUAUGUCUGCGCUACAUUAUGUGGUGUCAUGCUGCAUCUGCCAGUGACAAAUACUUCUUCCUACACAGCCAUUUCUACCAGCGCGCGCGGAAGUAUGCCGAAGCGGACGAAAUGAAAGGGUUCGGAGAGAACAUCGUCAGUCUGGCGCAUUGCCAAACUUGGAUUCUGAUUGGCACAUAUGAAUUCAAAAUGAUUUUCUUCCCACGAGCAUGGUUGAGCGUUGGUAAAUCUGCACGACUAGCACUGAUGCUCGGAUUGAACCGGCUCGACGGUGUUGGUCUCGAUGUCAAACAGUCCAUUUCACCACCAAGAGAUUGGACAGAGCGCGAAGAACGUAGGAGAGUGUUUUGGGGUGCUUUCGCGACAGACCGGUAUGCCAGUGUCGGAACUGGUUGGCCGCUUCUGAUCGAUGAAGACGACAUCAUGACAAACCUCCCUGCUUCUGAGGAUUCGUUCUUAAAGAGCAAGCCACAACGAACGCUUCGUCUAAGUGAUAUCAUUGCUGGCGAGGGCAUUGCUACCUUGGCUCCGUUCGCCUGCGUGGUGGUUCUGACCGGUCUUUUUGGUCGUAACCUCGUCCAUAUUCAUCGGCCUCGACCAAACGACAACGACCAUGACCUCAAUGGAGAGUUUUGGAAACGACACAGGAGCCAUGAUAAUAUUCUUUUGCACAUUGCUCUGUCAUUGCCCGAUCAUCUUCGCCUUCCAAGUGGCAUGCCAGAUGUGAAUGUCAUCUUUGCAAACAUGAGCAUUCAUACUUCGACUAUUUGUCUCCACCAAGCUGCGAUUUUCAAGGCCGAAAAGAACAAGAUGCCAAAUCAGAUCACGAUUGAGAGCAAGCGCAGAUGCCUUGUGGCCGCAAAUCAAAUCUCGAGCAUCAUGAAGAUGAUCAGCCACGUCGAUCUAACAAGCCUGAACCCAUUCAUAUCUUUCUGUCUUUACAUUGCUGCGCGGGUUUUCGUGCAGUAUCUCAAAUCCCGACCAGAGGAUUCGAGUGUUCACUCCUCACUGCAAUUCGUUGUCUCCGCUUUGAACGCCAUGAAAAGCAAGAAUCCCUUGACCGAGUCCUUCCUCGUUCAAUUGGACGUUGAUCUCGAUGGAACUGGCAUUCGCGCGUUGGAUGACCGACAGAAAGAAAAUGCUCGUGCUUCACACGCAAUGGCACAAAACUACUGCAACGACGCAGUCGAAUGCUCUCCCAUCUAUAAUAUCCGUCAAUCACAAACGGGGGCAACAAUGGAAGAGUCGCCGCAACACACUACGAGCCGUAGCAAUAAUCGCCAACCCACAACUGCUGGUAUGACGACCUCUCUUCCUAACCGACAGAGGGAUUCAAUCGUCCCCUCCACCGACGAGAAUAUACAUCACCUUUUCACCGCUGCCACCCUCACCACAAGCCAGAUCACCGAGCAACCUGGAUCAGGGAGCAAAGCCGAUAUAGACAUGGACUUUCCACCAGACUUCGGCACCCUCAGCGAGAGAAAUAACCCACCUUCCGACCAUCCCACACCUUCAACCCUAAAUUCCUCCUCCAACACCUCCUACUCAAUAAACGGGGUCGACAAUCCAUCUCCUGACAAACAGCAACCAAAGUCAGGUCCAAACUACCUUAGCAAUGGAUCAGCUCAAUCAUUUGAUAAGCUAAAUGCAAUUCACAUGCCUCCCGGAGAUCUCAUCUCACAGGCCCCUGAUAUGAAUGCUCUGCUUGCUCGGGCUUAUCAAAGCAAUUCUGGUAGCCCGGCCAUACCCACGGAUACAUCGAACCCGUUUUCCAUGCCUAGUGCAUGGGACUUGCCAACCCCGAAUCAAGACGUGGGCCCUGCGGACUUCAGCAACUUGAAUGUCGGGACAUUGAGCGAAUCGCAAUGGGCGCAAAUCCUCGGCGAGAAUGAGUCUGGUCCUAGCUGGGAGACUUGGCGGCAAUCUUGA